CAUUAUUUUUGUGAUCCUGGUGGUGGUGGUGGUGGUGGUUGCGUGCUUGCGUAUUAUAAACGUGAGAAAAUAUGGCUUCCAAAAUGUACUCGUCGUCAUCGUGUUUUUGGUGUUGGUGUUGGUAUUGUUUUUGUUGUUUUUACUCAUGAUCAAUAUAUAUAUAGCAGACUUUCUUAUAUUCAACAGCAAACUAUAGCUUAUAGCGAUCGAAAAACGAUUUGUUUGUGAUUCUAAAUUUUCAUCAUCGUCAUCAUCAUCAUCAUUGUCUUCAUUAGUCAUAAUCAAUCAACUUUUUUUUUUGAAAGCAAGUACGAAAAAAUAUUGACUUUCGAUCAAUUUCGCCUCUAAUCACAUGCUUACAAAACCGAAGAGGAAAAAGAAAACCCGUUCUACGUUCAUUUUUUUUCUAUCUUCCUGUAUUCGAAAUUGUUCCAAAUCGAAAAAAAUUUGACUCACUCGAAAAGAAAAGACAUUUCUGAGUUCACAUUUUUUUUCGUUUGUUUGUUUACCUCGUUUGAUACGUUGUAUUUCGUCUUUGUGUUUAUCAUCAUCAUCAUUAUCAUCGUUUAUAUAUGUGUGUGUUAUUUGUGUUUGUAUCCAUCCAUCAAUCCAACAUAUUCUGGUCGUUUACACAAAUAACCACCGAACAAGAUUAACAAAAAAAAAAGAUGUCCGUUCAUUAUAAAUUCAAAAGUGGUAAAGAAGCCCAUACAAUUACAUUUGAUAGUCUACAUAUUUCUGUUGGUGAAUUGAAAAAAUCCAUUAUGCAACAAAGAAAAAUUGGUAAAAGUGCCGAUCUUGAUUUAGAAAUUACCAAUGCUCAAACUAAAGAAGUGUAUAAAAAUAAUGCAACAUUAAUACCUAAAAAUACAUCUGUGAUUGUUGCCCGUGUUCCUGUGGCAAAUUCGAAUAAAAAAUGGAAUAAAAACAAUAAUACAAGUGGAAAUAAUAAAUCUGAUAACACAUCAUCAUCAAAUAUGGCAACAUCAUCUUCUUUGGUUACCAUCACUACAGCUGGUAGUGGUGGUGGUGGUGGUUCUGAAGAAGAUAAAAUCAAAGAAAUGCUAACACAAUCAACCAAAGAUUAUGAUCCAUCUAAAUAUGCAAGAGGACGUGGACCAAUGGGACCAUUACCACCUAAUUAUACUUGUUAUCGUUGUGGAAAACCAGGACAUUAUAUUAAACAUUGUCCUACUAAUAGUAUCGAUGUUAAACGUAGUACGGGCAUACCACGUAGUUUUAUGAUAACAGUUGGACCUGAACAAAAAGGAGCAAUGAUUACGGCUAAUGGAGAAUAUGCUGUACCGUUAAUUGACCAUGUUGCAUAUAAAGUAGUGAAAAAAGAAAAGGCACCAUUUUCGGAAAGUGAAAACGAAAUCAAUAAUGGUGAACAACAACAACAACAGCAACAAAAAAUUGAAAUACCGGAAGAACUACAAUGUUCGCUUUGUAAAAAUCUAUUACAGGAUGCCGUAUUGGUACCAUGUUGUGGCAACAGUUUCUGUGAUGAAUGUAUACGAUUAUUAUUAUUGGAAUCAGAUAAUCAUGAAUGUCCUAGCUGUCAUGAAAUAAAUGUUUCACCAGAUAAUUUGAUACCGAAUCGUUUUCUACGAUUAUCGGUGGAUAAAUUUCGUAAAGAAACUGGAUUCAAUAAUCGUAUGGCCAUAAAGAAAAAGAAUAUUGAAAUUGAUGAUGAUAAUAAAAUUGAUCAACAACAACAACAACAAUCAAAUCAAUCAAUCGAUGAUAAUGGUGAUGGUGAUCAUGAUGAUAAUGGUGUGGAUGAUAGCAAUGAGAAUAUGGAUCAAGAAUCAUCAAUUUUGAAAAAAGAUGACAAUAAAGUGGAUGAUGAACAAAAAAUCGAUAAUGCGAUGAUGAUGAGGAUUUUACGUCAUAAUGAUGAUGAUGAUAAGAAAAGUGAAAAAAAUCCAAUACCAACUACUAGUACUACUAAUACUAAUAUUAAUGAUUCUGAUUCAUCAUCAUCAUCAUCGUCAACAGCAGCAGCAGCAACAACAACAAAUAGAAUUGGAUCAUCGAAUCAAUUACCUGUGAUUGGUGGCAAUGUAUUGCCACCGCCACCAUUUUUUGGUCAAUUUCAUCCAAAUUUUUCAAAUAAUCGAUUUAGAAAUCAUCAAAUGCCCAUUGGUGUACGAUCUAGCCGUGGACAGCCAUCAAUAUUGCCACGUCCACCUGGAAUGUUACCAUUACCACCUCGUUUAUCGCAUACACAAAAUAGAAAUCUAAUACAAUCAGAUUCGACAUCAGCACCAGUUCCAUUUCCACCACCAUUGCCUGGAUUAGGUCAAUUAGGUCUGCCACCGAUACCACCACCGCCGCCUUUACCACCAUUUUUUGGUGGACAGAUUAGAAAUCCAUUGUAUGAUAAUACAAUGUAUGGUAUAAAUAAUCGUAUGGGUACACUAAAUCCAUUGCAUAUUCCUGGCGGGAACCAACCGGAUCGUUCUAAACGUUCGGAAAUACCACCGCCGCCUUUACCACCAUUUUUUGGUGGACAGAUUAGAAAUCCAUUGUAUGAUAAUACAAUGUAUGGUAUAAAUAAUCGUAUGGGUACACUAAAUCCAUUGCAUAUUCCCUAUGGACCAAAUGGGCUUGAUCCAUUAAGUGCAUUAAAUGGUCGAUCAUUAAUGGAAAAUUCUUAUUAUUCAUCAUCAUCAUCAUCAUCGCGUAAAUAUGAUGAUUAUGAAGAUCAAUUGGAACGAUUUAAUAGACAAUUAGAAUCUCGUUCUCGUCGCUAUCGAGAUGAUGAUCGUUCUGGACGUUCAAUAAUGAUUGAUAAUAGAAGACGAGAUCAUAGUCGAUCUCGUUCACCAUCUGCUUCUAGUCAUCAAAGAAAUCGUCGUUCUCGUUCACGAUCAAUCUCAUCAAGAGGUUCAUCACCAUCGAGUAUCCGUUCACAUCGAUCACCAUCACGAUCAUCAUCAAAUCGACAUCGUUCUAAACGUUCAGAAUCACGUGAAAUAUAUGAAUCAUCAAUAUCAAGAAAUCGAGAUGGUGAUCGCCGUCAUCAUCAUCAUCAUCAUCAUCAACAACAUCAACAACAACAUCAUCGAUCGCCUUUACCACAUCGAUCAUCACGUUCACCAUCAUCACAUUAUCAUAAUAGAUAUGCAUCGAAUGUUGGUGGUAGUAGUAAAUCAUCAUCAUCAUAUCUUGACAGCGGCAACAAUCAUCUACACGUUAGCCAUCGUCAACAAAAUAGAAAUAAUAGCCGAAGAUCUCGUUCACGUUCUUAUUCCAAAUAUGAUAAAAGAGGUGAAUAUGGAGAACGAAACCGUGAACAUUAUGAUCAUGAUGAUAAGAAUCGCCAUGAUGACAGUCGCCAUAAGUCUUCGUCAACAUCACGCCAUAAACGUGAAUCUUCCUAUCAUAUGAAUCGAACAAUCACUGACAAAGAUGAAUCAUCAUCAUCAUCAUCAUUGAAACGUCGAACUGAUAAAUAUGGCAACAACAACAACAACAAUAAUAGAAACGAAGAUUCUACUACUAGCCAUCAUCAUCGUCGUAGACAUAGUAGAGAUGAAUAUGAAGCAGCAGUAGGUGAAAAAUGAUCUUUGGAUGAUGAUAGAAGAAUGGGCAAAUCUGAUCCAUAUACUAAUUCAAAUGAUGUGAAUUUAGUAUGUGGUAUUAAUGAUUUUGAUUUUAUUCACCAGAAAGAAUCCAAUUUGAUUGAUAUUAAAUUACAAGAUGAUGACGAUGAUGAUGAUCAACGCCAAUAUGAUAAACUAGAUGUCGUUGAUAAACGUCAUCAAAAUGAUUCGGAUAAUAAUGUUGCAAGUGACGACGAUGAUGAUGAUGAUAAUGGCAAACGAAUUAUCAUCAAAGAAUCUAAAUCGAUUAAGAGUAAAUUGUCAGAUCAUGGUGAUUCUAAAUCUGGCCACAGAUUUAAGGAAAAAUCUUCGAAAAAAGAAAAAUCAUCAUCCAGUAAUAGCAUAAGCCAAAAGAAAAAGAAGAAAAAUCAAAAUCAAAGUGAAUCAAGUAGCAGCAGUAGUAGUGAAAGUAGCUUAAGUAGUAGUGAUGAUGACAGUUCAUCAUCGUCAUCGUCAUCAUCAUCAUCAUCAUCUGACGACGACGACGAUGACGACAACGAUGGUGCCACAUCUACUUCAUCGAAUAUAUCAAUUUCUGAAUCGAAAAAAGAACAAAAAAUAAAAUCGAAAAAAUCCAAAAAAAGCAAUGAAAUUCGUAAAAAAGAAUCAAAAUCAUCAUCAGCAUCUAGUAAUAAGAAAUUUAUGAAUGAUGAUAUUGAUAGAAAAUCAGAAAAAGAUCGAAGUAAACAAUCAUCAAAAAAUAAAUCUAAAUCAUCAACAAAAUCAUCAUCAUCAUCAUUGAAAUCUUCAUCUGAUCAUUAUGGCCAUCAUAGUAAAUCGUCUUCAAAAAGUGAAAAAUCUUUGAAAAAUUCUGCUGAACAUAGUGGCAGUAAGUCAUCAUCAACUAAAAAACAUCAUCAUGAAGAGGAAAAAAGAGCCAGUAGUGGUGGUGGUGGUGGUAAACGUUCAAAUAAUAAAAGAUCCAGUAAAGAUGAUGAUGAAUCGAAGAUUAAAGAAGAAAAAGAAGAAGAAAAAAAUAAGACUUUGGGUUCUUCUACUUCUGAUAAUGUAAUCGAUAUUGAGAAUAAUAAAGCAUCAUCAUCAUCAUACAUUGAAAAAAAUGAAUGGAACAUUGUCGAUGAACAUCAUCAACAACCAUUAACAGCGAUAGAUAAACCGAAAACAACAACAACAACAACAACAACUUUUUCAUCUUUAAAUGUUCCAGUUCAAGGCAUUGGCAAUAUUGUUGAAGAAGAAGAAGAAAACGGAAAAGAACAAGCUUCGAUUAAUGAACAUCAAGCAAAAGAAUUGGACAGACAAGAACAAGAAAAUUCUGGUACAGUUAAUAACAAAAAUUUGUCAGAAGAUUUAUCGCUAAAAGAAUUGCCAGUUCCAGUAAUGUCCAAUAGCAAGAAAAUAUCGUUAACAAACAAAGCAACAACAACAACAACAACAGCAAAGAGUUUGAAAAUAAAGACUACUAGUAGUAGUAGUGGUAGUGAAGCAAAAUUUGGAAACAUUCAAGAAGAUGUGGAAAUAAAAAUUCAAGAAGAUUAUAGCGAUUUAGAAAGCGAAGAUGUUACCAAUGCCAAUGAUGAAGGCCAAACAUCAAAUGUUCAUCGAUCAGAUAAUAAUAAUAAAGUGAAAAUGAAAUCGAAUAAUAAGAAAAUUAUUAUCAAUGAAUCAAAUAAUGUGGAUAUCAAUAAGAUGAAUGAAAAUGAUAAAGAUAUUUUAUCAAAACCAUCAUCAUCAUCAUCAUCAUCAAAGGAAAAAAAACGUGAUAAAGAAGAACAAUAUUCUGCUUAA